CCAGUAAUGAAAUUAGUUUAAGAGAAGUGCUCGCAUGAGAAGCACUGGAGCGGGUUCAGUUUCCCCCUUUUUAAAAUAGUAAUACUUCCAAAAGGUAGCAGAAGUCGUUUGUAGUACAAUUUUAGUAUUUCCUUGUUCGAAACCUAACCCUUGCCAGAGUUUCGCGAGCACUAGAGUUUCCGUCAGCACCAACUUAAACCAGAGUGAAAUUUUAAAAAUCAAAGAAAAAUCGUCUCGUGAAAAUCGCAGUUUCGGAAAAUUUUGACGGUCUGUUCGGGUAAUAAAAAAAAUCGCAAAGGAUUGUGGAGAACCUGGCGGACAGCGGUCGACUUCGACCCUAAGGAGACAAGUCUUCAACCAGGAUUUUCCCCUGCAAGGAUGCGUUGAAAGUGUCCCUUCAACGAAAGAGUGCAAUUUAAACCAACCAGUGCAAAACGAGUUGCUUGCGCAAAGCAGUCAGCGUCCGAAGAAUCCGCAAAGGGAAAACGCUCGGAGUAAAAAUUUUCCCCGGAAAAAUCCAUGUGCGUUCGAGUGUGGUUCGAGCAGGCCCCCCAGGCGUUGAUGGCGGGUGAAGAAGUGUGGUGUUGAAGAAAUCAGCCGCGCACACGUGAGCUCAUUUUUCCCGUGAAUAUCGAGAGCGCAAAAAUUGUUACGGUGAAUUUUUGUUACGAGCGGAAGUUUUUUUUUUCUUUUGUGAGCAGAGUGAAGUCUAGUGCAUUUUUCGAGGGGAAGUGAAUACCUCAAAAGAAGUUUUUGGGUGCACAAAACAGUGGAACAUAGUUGAAGGAAGCCCUCCCUCCUGCGUGGACAGAGAGUGUGCCCCCGUGCACGCCGCAGCUGGUGCCACCGCCACCAUGACGGAGUUUAAGGUCGGAGUACUUUGGCUAACGUGCCUGGUUCUGCUGUUUAAUCAAGAAAAUGUACAAGCACAAACGAGACGCACCUCGUUCCGCAGUGGAUCUGCCCAGCCACGUGCCCUCGGUUCCAACCCGCGGUCCAGUCACUCGUCCUCGGUGGACUUCAACUGUCCAGAGGAGUUCGGUUACUAUCCACACCCCACAGAUUGCUCGCAGUACUAUGUCUGCGUGUUUGGUGGGGCUCUGCAAGAGAGCUGUACCGGUGGACUGAUGUACAGCCAUGAACUGCAAACCUGCGACUGGCCCCGAAAUGUGGGCUGUGAAGCACAGGAAGUGAGCGGCCCAUCCGCACCUUCCCGUGCUGUGACCCCUCGGGUACCACAGGUUCUGUCGCGAAUUCGAUUCUCGUCGACAUCGAGUGCAGUUUCGGGCCCAUCGGGACCUUCCGCACCUUCCGGCCCAUCCGGUCCAAGUGGCCCGUCCGGACCAACCGGUCCCGAACCGUCGGCACCAGCCCGGAUCCAACAGAUUCACUCACUGCCACCGCCGCCACCACCAGCCAACAUCAACCCAAUCAUCACCACUCGAGGACAGCCCAAGAACUCACCACAGGAAGACAUUGCCAAGCUCUACGCGGAAGCUCACGAUACUCUGCCUCCAGUCGAGGAGGAAGAAUCUGACCGCCAGCAACGUGUCUACCGUGGCCAACCGAGCACCGUUACCCAGGUUCAGCGCGACCGUGACGGCAUUCUGCAACAACCAAGUGUCAACGCUAUCCCUACCCAGGCUAAAGUAGGUUCCUUUGCGUACAGUGCCCAGCCGCAGCCAUUCAGUGACGAUGACGCAUUGCAAGACAUUGACCAAGAGACGUCCAUCCAAAAUCCUCACGAUCGCAAGAAGCGAGACGUGACCUCAGACGCCAAAGCGACAUCCUCGGAAGACACCAAAGACAGUUCCAUCGACCCGAUCGCAAACAGCGAAAUUACCGAAACACUCAAAGAAAACCACCAGGUGAAACGUGCUUCAGACUCUGGCGAGACGGCGAUCGCCGGUGAGGCCGAUCAACCAGCGGAUCUAGAUGAACUGGAGCAAGCUGCUGGCGGAGCAGAGAGCGCCCGAAGCGUCCGACAACUAAGGCCACUGGGAAACUGGCAGUACAGAUCGUUGGACACUGCACUCUCCCGUCAGAAUAACUUCGCUCAGAGCAGCUAUGAUCCGUUUGCUUUCAUCUCGGCUUCUACACCGCCAUCGUAUCUCAAAUCCGGAGCACGGUACUAUCAACCGCAGGCGUACAGCAAGAAAGAAAUCACCAACAACUACAACGACUAUCUCGAGGCGUACGUUAAAGCCAAACAAGGAAGCCAGUACCUACGGCCAGUUGAAAGCCAUAAGACCCAGGGAGGUCUCCAGAACUACAAAGCAGUUACCAAAAUAACCCCCCAGGAUACCAUCCUGCCACUACUGAUCUCCAACCAGUCACCGAGACCUCAGCAAUACCAAACAGCAUUUACUGCGGCCGCAUUUGUCAACAAUCAUAACGGCAAGAAGUACACCACGCCCGUACCAGAUCUCGACGACGAAACCAUCCCCGACAAUUUUGCGUUCUUCCAUUUUGGAAACAGUUAUUCCUCAACGCCCAUCUCGGUCAACAAUGGAAAACAUUCUGUCAAGCUUAAUCCACAACCAGUGGUUCAACAAUCUCCUCAAAAGUUAUCCCAAUCUACUCAUCGUAGUCCUUUCAUAGCGUUCAGCUCAGUUGGUGGGUUCUUCAACAACCAACCCACAUCGAGUCCAAUCAAGGAAACGUUCGUUGGAGUUUCCAAGCAUCCCGUUAGCUCUCAACCACAGCCAAGCAAGAAAAUUCUUGCUGGACCAAGCACUCCAGCACCUGUUUACGAGAGCGUUGGCAACUCAAUUUUACCCAACAACGUCCGGUUUCCAAUAACGACAGCAAAGUCCCCUGUUUCUCCGGUAGAGUACUACCCACAAAAUGUCUACGUUAACUCAAAGAACUCUCAGCCACAUCAAGCAUUCCAAAAUUACAACGACAAACCAUUGACCGUGUAUGAAGCAUCGACGCCCAAGCCAUCCGCGUAUUUUGUAACAAAAUCCACAAACGGAUUCCAACCUAUUGCCGUUUCAACAACUCCAAGAUACUACCAGUCGGUCAAAGUACAGCCGGGUAGCGUUGAGUAUAAUCGAUUCUUCGAAAGCAUCAAAAACUCACACAUUCAACAGGUUGAUACCAAAUCGAACGGACUGCAGGACAUUGGCACUCACUACGUGAAGAACGGAACAACGAAUCUGCGGCCAGUUCAGGCGAUCCCACAAUACCAAGCUGGCCUGUAUUACGGUCCGUCUUCGGCUAAGCCUACGCGUGAUUACCAAGAGUACUAUUAUGACGAUGAUGAAAUCGUUGGUAAUCGCGAUCACAAGUACGUCAAGAAUACGCUGAAUGGCAGCCGAAAGCCAAGUAAUCCCAAGCGUCCUGUCGAAGAUGAUGAUGAGUACUAUGACGAUGAUGACGAUGAUGAUUACGAAUACAGAUAUCCGGUAAACAAGUCAAAGUAUACACCGAUGACUGAAACCAUGGCUCCGAGACCUUUGGGUAAUUUGACCACGCCGAGACCUGCAGCUUCCGUGUCUGGUCAUAUCUUCUACAGUAAUCACAAGUACGAAACGACCACGUGGCGUCCUCCUACCAUGACUACCCCGUCACCAACGACCAGUGACAUUCCACCAAUAAUUACAUUCCCGGAAGAUGUAUUUCAAGGGAUCAGACCAUUUAACGAUAUUCCUCGUUAUCUGAACAAAUCAACAGCCCGACCAUACACAAUCAGGCAACGCAUUCAUAGACCAACCGCCAUCCCGAACGCAAAUCUCAUUGACGAGACCACCUCGAAGGAACUGUUGCGCACAACAGCCAAGUCAAUCAGUUCCAAGAGUGCGAUCAAGACCACGACACAACCUCCAACCACCACCAGUACGACGACAACGCAAACGCCUGCGGUGACCCGAACCCGGACCACGACCGUAACUCCUUCAACCGGUGACUCGACCUCGCGUAAACGGUACACCAUCCGACCGAACCGAGGCCAGAACCGCUGGCGUACUACUGAGACCCCCGAACAGCCCACGAUUAGCACCAGACCGAACAAGAACCAGAACCAUAACAAUCGAUUGGAACUCGAUGAACGGCUUCCGAACAGAGUUGAAACAUCCUCGCCAGCUCCUAGCAGAUACAUCCCCGAGCAGCCGCAGAAAACUGUCCACAAUCAGAACAAGAACUACUACAACACUAGCAACUACGACCCGUCGGCCUUCGAUCAGUACUACGCGGUCUAUGACGAAGAUGUGGAGCUGUACAGAGAUGUUGAAUAUCAACCGCAGUACAAUCAGAACAACCAACAGUCGUCCCAGCAGCCUCAGCGCCCGAUCGUUACUUCCACCUACCGCCCGACCGUGGUCACUACCGUAGCUCCAACUUCUCAGCGCGAGCAACCCUCGUACGUCACUUCUCCCAGAACUACCUACCAGCAACGCCCAUCCUAUCAGGCCGAUUACGAUGAUGCCCUUGUGUCUCAGCUUGAAGAUGAUCGUUAUAAUCAGAAACAAACGCACACCCAACUCAGGAACGAGUUGAACUCGAUCUCUGACCGUCCGAUUUUGGUAUCGUCAACGAUUCGUACCUUUAACAGUCCAAAAUACCAGACAGCCUUCGUAACAUCACCCGAACCGUUUUCACUUCCAUCAACAACCACUACAAGAACCACUACAACAACAGCCACGACCACAACAACACCUGCUCCGCCACAGUACUAUACAACAAGAUCAUCACAAUUGGAUGAAAAAAGCAAUAAAUCAACCCCCAAAUCAAUAAUAUUAACACUCGCAGCACGCGCGAGUUCCUCCACCACCACGGAGACUCCCCUCCUAGUGUCCUUUUCCCCAUCCUCGUACACAUCCCGAUCCCCUUCCUACGUCACGAGUACCAGCUCGAGCAUUUACAGACCUAGCACCACAAGCAGUACAUUCAAACCCACGACCAAAACUACAACAACAACAACCACAACUACAACUACACACAAACCUGCUCUUGCCCUGUCUCGCGACAGUGACGCUAGCGACAGCAAAUCCUACCAGGUCCCACCGGAAAUCAAGUUCCAUCCCAUCCCAGAGGACAGUUACUACGACGAUGAUGAAUAUCCACUAGGCAAGACACGGUACGAAUACGAAGCUCACGAAGACGACAGCAGCAAUGAUCCGUCGGAUAAAAAGUUCAUUACCCAAAAGUUACUCCCCGUUAAUCCGCCCGCGUCCUCGAGCUACGGUUCGUCAGCAAUCCGUGAAGAUAGUCCGUUUUCCUAUGAUCAGCCGAAGCAUUACUUUUCGUAUUCGUUCAACAAGUCCCCUUCGUCGUCGACCACGAGUACUACCACGACGGAGAGAACAACUACGACUUCCACUACCACAACCACCUCGACCACAACUCCAAAACCGGUCACUCAGCGUCAAAAGAUUCAAAGCUACAUCGUCACCGACGUUGAGCCGGAAAGCUUCAAACCCCACAGAUAUCUUCCAUCAUCUUCCGUAGCUCCCGUCGUUUCGGACUAUGACGGAAGCUAUCUGAAUCCUAGCAUUCGUACUCGUGGACAGAACACCUUCCUUAAAGCUCUCGGCACUACGCUUUCUGCCACGCAGCAAUCCACAAUCGCUACCUCCACCACGUUUGCACCUGCUUUCGCUUACUCCUCGGUAGCACCCGUCCAAGUCAAGCCAUCCGCCCCUGCACCAUUUGACUCUAAGAAAACCGUUAAACUUACGUUGAGUACCAGCCUCGGCGGAUCCCGGGUUUCUGAACCGGUCGGCUCCACGCAAUCUCCACGAUACUUUAUCAAUCAAGAUCAGUUCGAUGCAAACAACACGUUUCGGUUAUCACUCAGUACCAGCCUUGGCCAUAGUACAACAACCACAACCACUAGAGCUCCCUUUUCGCCCUCUUUUCCAAGAUACGACGGCAAACUUGACCAGACAAGCUACCGUAUCAUACAUUCUAGCCCUAUUUCUUCUGAUCCAACCACUUCUACUGAACGUCCCACUGCCGGACCAACUCGAUAUGAAAUUAACCCGGAAGAUUUUGAGAGCAGCAAAACCAUCCGGUUGACCCUUAGUACUGGAUUGAACGGUGGAAGCCCGACGGUAUCAAAGGGAACCGUUGAGGCUGUUGAGCCCUCUUCUCACACCCCAAAGUAUUCCCAGUUCACUGUUUCCGAUGCAGUCACAACAACGACCACGGAACCAACAACAACAACCACAACACCACAGCCCACCACUAAAGUCCCUCGCUACUUCCCAAGUUCCACUUUCCUUCCAACGCGUCCCCGCCCCUACCAAGGUCGUGUCGAAACGGUACCGUUCACCCGGCCAAACUCGCGACCUACAAAGGUUAGUUUCCGCGAUACCGAUCCCACGUCUUCCAGCGAGUGGGUGCCUUCUUACCCCGAUAAAGUUUUCUCUAGCCCCCAAACUAACACCCUUCAAGAGCAGGACGAGUCGGAACCAGACGAUGCGCUGAUUCCGUCCAAAACCGAAGUUGCCUACGAGGAACAGCUGGAAGUGCGCACUCCUCCCCCAACUCGAUUCCCUCCUCGAAUUCCGUCACCUCCGACGGCGGCUGUCGAUGCUAAGAAAAUUGCCGAAGCUGUACAAACUUUCACCUCGCGAGGUUUAGUGUUCAAAGAAGCGCUGAACAAAACGCUUGAGCCUACCCCAGCUAGUCGCGUUGUGGUGUCCCCGUUCAAAAGUCUAGAAGUGCAGCGUCAAACCACCUCGGAUAAGCCAUUUGCGUAUUCCACUUCACGGGUGAUAUCCAACAUUUACCGAUCUACCUCUGAGUCCCCCAGGGAAUCUCCACUCAAGAGUUACUUCCUCAUAACGGCUGCGCCAAAGUUGGCUGCUUUUAGUCGGUCUAGCACUGUAAAUGGUAUCAGUGCAUUCCCGGAGUAUACCACUGAACCUACUACGAGCACUACACAGAGCACCACUCUCUCAACCACAACCACUACAGAACCAACCACAACAACGAGUACUACUCCACUAACCACAAGUACAACCGUUACAUCUACCACGUUUGCCACGUCCACAGAAGACACUACCACUUCUACGGCUCGAUCGACAGAAGUCUACCGCGGACGAUACCGCCCGGUAUUCAACCUGGCACGAUCUUCGGAAGCUUCGGAUGAAGUCACCACCCCUAAGUAUCGCCUCCGCAAUCGGGGUCCUCCAAGACGGACCUACACCCGAUUGAGGCCAACAGCACACUUAGCUAACGCUAGUUUACCCUUUACUAACACCGAGAGCACCGUGCUUUCCAUUUCCUCUGAGUACUCAGAUCGACGGGUUAGCCCUUCGGAGGCGCCCUCGAUCUCUUCCUCCACAGGUUCGUAUCUGAACCGUAUUAGCACGACCGAACGGUCUCACUAUGAUAGUGAAGUCUCGCCAGUUAAGGCGUCCCAUUACAAGUCACGUUUUAGUGACGAUAGCUUUAAGAAGACAACAGUCCCUUCCGAGAAUGUGACCUUGUCGACGGAGACGAAAACAACCACGACGGAAACUGAACCCGUUCAUGUGGUCCAGAUUACCGACAAACCAGUGUACUAUACCAGUUAUCACCUGACAUCGACUGAACUGAACCCCUUUGGACCUUCCUCUAACAGCAAGACUGAGUCGACGACGAAGAAAUUCCGUGCAACCGUUGAAAUGCCCGAGAUGAACAUACCCACCGAGAAGGAACUACUGUCCUAUCAGCAGGAAGACAGUUCCAGCCGCGAAGAGGAAGACGAAGAAGAUGAGGAUGACGAAGAUACGCACCCAGAGGACCUGGCGGAUUACUCGUAUCUGGAAACGACGAACGCUGCAUCGACAAGUACAACGACACCAUCGACCACCACGACAACCACGACGUUUAAGGCGCCGACAACGACCGCUGGUCGAACAAGCGGACCUUACAAACCGCACUACCGGUCGUCCAAGCGUUACACGACUUCGACUACGACGACGGAACCAACGAGCACAACUUUGAGCACAUCCUCUCCCCGGUAUACAUCAAGUACCACCCAAAGACUGAACCUCACCACGUCGACCCAAGCUGUGCCCAGCACGUCACAGUUGCCGACCAGUUCUACGCCCGCCGCCAGUUACGAAGAGGACGAAACCGAUGACGAAGACGAAACCGACGAACAACCGUUCCCAAGUUCCAACGUCACCAUCACCUCCAAUACCACUCCCCGCUUACCCACCACAACAUACUCCAUGAACAAGCUCCCACCGCGCGCAUCCAGGGUCAAUAAUGCCAUAAAGACCACAAUUGCGGCCGCACAGCUGCCACGCCGAUAUAGCAAACCAUCAGCCGGGAAAAGCAUACAAUGUACAGAAAACUCACUUUCCGCCAAGUGCAACGAAAUCCCGUCGAGAGUAAGCAGCAACAGCAACAGCAACCGUAAUCGUGGAAACUCACAAUACAACACCGAUACCCAAUCGACGAUCUCGGCCAACAGAGGAACUCAUCCACCGCGCGCCCGCCCAACGCUGAAGCCAGCCCAGACGAUUGUCUCGAAGGCACAGGAGUUCAUCGACAUCUACCGCAAUCUGCCGACCCGUCCGGAGCCCCUGUACCCGCAGCCAACCCCGGACAAGACGGCCGCCAAGUGCCGCAAGGACGUGUGCCAGCUGCCCGAUUGCUACUGCGGCGGAAAGGACAUUCCCGGCGAUUUGCCCGUCGAGCAAGUGCCCCAGAUUGUGCUGCUCACCUUCGACGACUCCGUCAACGACCUGAACAAACAGCUGUACCAGGACCUGUUCGAGCGUGGCCGCGUGAACCCGAACGGAUGCCCCAUCGCCGCUACCUUCUACGUGUCGCACGAGUGGACCGACUACAGCCAGGUGCAGAACCUGUACGCCGAUGGACACGAGAUGGCAUCCCACACCGUUUCGCAUAGCUUCGGUGAGGCCUUCUCGCCGAAAAAGUGGGCCCGUGAAGUUGCCGGCCAGCGUGAGAUUCUGUCCGCGUACGGUGGCGUCAAGCUGGACGACGUGCGUGGAAUGCGCGCUCCGUUCCUGUCCAUCGGAGGCAACAAGAUGUUCAAGAUGCUGCACGACUUCAACUUCACGUACGACUCGUCCAUGCCGGUGUACGAAAACCGUCCGCCAAGCUGGCCGUACACGCUGGACUACAAGAUCUUCCACGACUGUAUGAUUCCGCCCUGCCCUACCAAGAGUUAUCCAGGUGUUUGGGAGGUCCCUAUGGUGAUGUGGCAGGACCUGAACGGUGGCCGCUGCUCGAUGGGCGACGCCUGCUCGAACCCGCCGGACGCCGAGAACGUGCAGAAGAUGAUCAUGAAGAACUUCGAGCGGCACUACACCACCAACCGGGCACCAUUCGGACUGUACUACCACGCCGCCUGGUUCACGCAGCCGCACCAUAAGGAGGGCUUCAUACAGUUCCUGGACGAGAUCAACGCGAUGAAGGACGUGUACAUCAUCACCAACUGGCAGGCCCUGCAGUGGGUGCGCGACCCGACCCCGCUGUCCCGCAUGAACUCGUUCCAGCCGUUCCAGUGUAACUAUCAGGACCGCCCGAAGCGCUGCAACAACCCGAAGGUGUGCAACCUGUGGCACAAGUCCGGCGUCCGGUACAUGCGCACGUGCCAACCCUGCCCGGAAAUCUACCCGUGGACCGGCAAGACCGGCAUCCGCUCGUCCCGGAUCGACAACGACAUCGAGGUGGCCGACACGAACUAAGUCAGAGGAAAAAGGGAAAGAAAGAUCGAGAUCGAGCACACAGUGAGGAGAUCGGAUCAGAUCGGAACUGCAAAUAUCGGGAGGGAAACAAGAAUAAGUUUGUUUUGUGUAGUUAAUGGGAUAUUUUAUACGGAUUUGUUAGCGAGAAAAUGAAAUGAGUCAAGCGAUAAAAAAAAAAAAGCAAAAGCACCCAUCCGGCAGAACUUCCGGCGGAACGAGGGGGCCACCUUGGUUGAAAAGCAGCAAACACUCUCACACCUGGAGAGAAAAAAAAAUGUAUCAAAAGUCUAGCUGAUUCUUUUCUUUUUUCCGGUUGCAGGUUAAAAGAAGAGUAAUCCAACUAUGAUCUUUUUGCUUGUUUCUUUUUGUUGUGUUAAAGUUUGAGAAAUGGUGUGUCGAAGCAAUAGGUGGACCCCUUGCGCACGUGGGAGAUGUUCGGAAUGUUCGCGAUGGCGUGGCAAAAAACUGUUCACGAAAAACUUACCUAGGAUUAUUUUACUGUUCAACUGUACGAGUAAAUGAAAGCUUCGCACUCACUUUUUCACCUACACACAUAAUUGGUAAUUUAUUAUUAAAAGUACCGUCGAGAACCUGCGUUUCGACCUUCAUUCUUCAUCAAACGCGAGCUGAAUGAAGUUCUUUUGAUAUUAUAGUAACUGUUAAGAUAUUUUUUUUAAUUUUCCCACUUGACGAGUUCAUACUUGUACAUACGAUAUCUACUUGAAAUCAAAAAACGAGGAGAGUUCCAUUAAGCAAUCAAGACAAAUACUCACUCAAUAGUUUAACACUAGAUGAAUCCGUAAUCAUUAAGACUUUUUUCGACAAAACAAAUCGGACCAUGGUGGAGAACCAAUGAAAAAAAAUGGUGAAACGUAGCACUGCCAUAAAACGGGAGGUUUGCCCCUUCAAAAAGUCCACACGCUGCACUGUUAAGUAACAAAAAGAGUUAAAGAAAAUUUAUGUAACGCUUUCGUAACUGUUCUAGUAAGUCAGUAAACGCAGUUAGUUAGGUGUCCGAAUCCAUCGCUGGAACAUAACAUGAUGAAAAAAAGCAAGAAAAUCCUUCUAAAUCACUCGUAUAUCAGAGAAUAUAUGUACAUCGCGAGUAACUUUCAACCUUUGUAAAUUUUAGUUUCGGAAACUUUUCGCCUCGGUGAUGGAUUGCAUACCUUGCUAACUGGGCAACUAAUUGAACGACAAAAAUUCGAAACAUUUCGAAAAAACCAAUUGGCGGGCAGACUCGAAGAAAUCGACGAAAAAACAUUGAAUAAAAAACGACACAAUUGAGAUAGUGAUAUAUUUAUAGCUAGUUAGACAAUAAAUUAUACAUUGCUGAGCUAGGAAAAUCCUUAUCGUGUAAGUCAAAAAGCAAACCAGAAAGCAAUCUAUUGUACAUAAGAAACGUUUAUUCAUCGAAUUAUUUUUACUACACAUUUUUCAUAGUUAUCGCCUAGCCCGAUAAGCUGCGCACAGCUGCAAAUGUGCAACACUACAGAGUUCGACUUCUUGAGUUUAGGGAACAUAUAUAUUUGUUAGAGUUUUGUGUUUUUUUCCUUACGAAUCUUGCGCACAUUGAAGCUCCUCUGAACCCCCUCUCUAUAACGCCUCAAUUAAAAAAAAACUAUAUUGCGCUGCCGCUUUCCAACAGAGUCCACUCUCUACAUUUCACUUCACACUUAGUUUUGUACGGUAGUGAUAGCACGAGCGAAAUAAACUGAAGCUCGAACCGAAAGACGUUUGAAACUCUUUACCGAGAAUGUAUUUUGUUCGAAAGCAGUGAUAUGAAAAUAUACAGUUUGACAAAGACAGGUACGAGGUCCGACGGACGUCUCGAGUGUGGAAACAUAUGUGACAAAACAGAAAAGUGAGUGUUAAACGGAAGUGAUUCAAUAAAACAUGACAAAUUUUUAAUAAAGAGAAA